AAAUCGAAAGAGAAGAACAUCACACUCGAAGAAGCCAGGAAGCGUACAGAGGCUUCUCUGGCCCGCAAACGUGUCAAUGCCGGCCUCGCCAACAGUUCUGGUGCAGGCGAUGCACCGCAGUCUCCUGCUACGAGCGGUGCCAUGGACUCUCUUCUGGAGAAACUACGUGCUGCAGCUCCUCAAGCUAGAGAUCAACGUGAUCGUCGUCGGCGCGCCAGGUUGAAGGAACGUCACCAGGUUCGCAUUGCUUCAGGUCAGAAGAUGCCGGACGUCACUGCAUCUGAGCCCGAAAAUGGUGAAAAGCAGGCGGACAGUAACAGUGCCACUCUCGUGAGCAGCAAUAAUGACGCUAGCGCCACAGAGACCGGCCUGCUGAGCCCGCCAAGUCAAGAGACCGACGUAGACACUCAUGCGAAAGAGCUGCAGAUCUCGGAGAGCGAAGACGUUGCAGACCGCGCUGCAAGCAUGCUGCAAGGUCUCAGGGAUAAUAUGGAUAACAAUGGAGAACGUGCUCGACGGAGAAGAGAGAGCGCCGAGGAGGAGCGUCGGAAACGCAGACUGAGAAGGAGGAAUGGAGGAAAUGCUAGCAAAGACAGCGCUGACGGUUCGAUUUUGUCGACCGUCCCAGAGCCCACGACACCACCGCCCAAUACCGAAGCCUCAGCACCGAAUGAACCCGGCAUGGUCAGCCCUUCGAACGAGGAGGACGGGGCUUCACAGCCUCCUCAAACUCCCUCUAUUGUCGUUUCGCCGAACGCGGAUAUGCAUGAUAGAUCACCUGGUGACGAAUCUUCCCACGAUGGCUCGCCACCGAAUUAG